GAAGCAAAUUCGGAAAAGAAUUAAAUUAUCAAAUAGUAAAAAUCCGUGACGAUGGGUCCCACUUACCGCCGCCGUCUCCCGCCGGUUUAAAUUCAUUUUCUAUGGAAUCUUAAUUGAUUUCUUCUAAAACGAAGCAGUGCAAGUAAAAAAUGAUGGAGCAGGGAGCUUUGUUGCGUUCUGCGUCUUUUCAAUUACGCCGAACGAGGAACGAUCUUUCGUCUUUCAAGCCGGAAAAUAAGUUAAACCCUGGUCAAAUCCGGUUUAGGUUUAAACCGGUUGGUUCCGUGGCGGCGAAAUGCAAUACGUACAACAGCUACGCGGCGAGUGGAGGCGGCGACGCGGGGGCUGAGCAUCCAGUGGACGACAAAGAGUUCGUGCGCUGGUUCCGUGAAGCUUGGCCUUAUCUGUGGGCCCACGGUGGCUGCACUUUCGUCGUUGUCAUCUCCGGCGAUAUACUCGCCGGCCCUUUCUGUGAUCCCAUUUUAAAGGACAUAGCGUUUCUCCAUCAUCUUGGGAUAAGAUUCGUUCUAGUUCCAGGAACACAAGUGCAAAUCGACCAGCUUCUGUCUGAAAGAGGACGCGAGGCUACAUAUGUGGGACGUUACAGAGUAACAGACGCAGCAUCGUUGCAAGCCGCCACGGAAGCUGCGGGAGCUAUCUCAGUGAUGCUUGAGGCUAAACUAUCUCCUGGACCUUCCAUUUGCAAUAUCCGUCGGCAUGGUGAUAGUAGUCGUUUGCAUGAUAUAGGUGUCAGGGUUGAUACCGGCAACUUCUUUGCAGCAAAAAGGAGAGGCGUUGUUGAUGGUGUUGAUUUUGGAGCGACGGGUGAGGUGAAGAAGAUAGAUGUAGACCGGAUUUGUGAGAGGCUUGACGGUGGUUCUGUAGUCUUGUUGAGGAACUUGGGACACUCUAGCUCCGGAGAAGUCUUAAAUUGCAAUACAUAUGAGGUAGCUACAGCUUGUGCAUUAGCUAUAGGAGCAGAUAAGCUUAUUUGCAUAAUGGACGGUCCAAUUCUUGAUGAGAGUGGACAUCUUAUUCGUUUCUUGACACUCCAAGAAGCAGACAUGUUAGUGAGAAAACGUGCGCAGCAAAGCGACAUUGCUGCUAAUUACGUAAAGGCUGUUGGUGAUGGAAGCAUCUCUUAUCAAGAACCUCGUGGUAACGGGAGAGCAGCGUUUUGGGGAAACGGAAGCCACACUCCGAUCUUUCAAAACGGUGUUGGAUUUGACAUUGGGAGUGGGUUAGGGUCUGGUGAGCAAGGUUUUGCUAUUGGUGGUGAGGAGAGACUAAGCCGCCAAAACGGUUAUCUUUCCGAACUGGCUGCUGCUGCUUUUGUCUGCAGGGGUGGAGUUAAAAGAGUUCAUUUGUUGGAUGGUACUAUAACUGGAGUUCUAUUGUUGGAGCUUUUCAAAAGAGAUGGAAUGGGGACUAUGGUUGCUAGUGAUGUAUACGAAGGAACACGAGACGCCAAAGUGGAUGAUCUUGCAGGAAUCAGACGUAUCAUCAAACCUUUGGAGGAAGCUGGGAUCUUGGUCCGCAGAACCGAUGAGGAGUUACUCCAAGCUUUGGACUCCUUCGUGGUAGUCGAAAGGGAAGGUCAAAUCAUCGCUUGUGCAGCUCUGUUCCCAUUCUUCCAAGACAAAUGCGGAGAAGUCGCAGCCAUCGCGGUUGCAUCAGACUGCCGCGGUCAAGGCCAAGGCGAUAAACUACUAGAUUACAUGGAGAAGAAAGCAUCCUCUCUCGGGUUAGACAGGCUGUUUCUCCUCACAACGCGAGCAGCAGACUGGUUCGUGAGACGCGGGUUCCAAGAAUGCUCAAUCGAGGUCAUACCAGAGACCAGAAGGCAAAGAAUCAACCUCUCUAGAAAAUCAAAGUACUACAUGAAGAAGCUACUACCUGAUAAGAGUGGCAUCUCAAUAUAACACAAACAGCAAUCAUUAUUGUAAAAAUUAAAAAACAUUUUGCAAUCAA